AUGCUAGACAGAGGACAAUUAGCUAAUUUACUUGCCCAAGAGUAUGGCCUGGAACUUAGAGGUGCCGACCAACCAAUUUAUAGAACUCUAUAUCCAGAAGUGAUAAAUCAAGUUGAGUUCCCUAAAGGCUAUAAAGUCCCUGAUUUUGUAACCUUUAGUGGAGAAGGUAAUCAAUCGACCGUGGAACACAUUGGCCGCUUCACAGUUCAAUGUGGAGAGGCCAAUAUGGAGAAGUUAUUUCUUAAUCAAUUUUACCGUACUGAGAUAGAACCAACUUUGGCCGAUUUUUCCAGGUUGAGCCAAUUACCUUUUGAAUCGGCCAAGACAUUCAUUGCAAGAUUCAGGAGGGCAAGGUUAAGAUGCCAUGUACCUCUUCCAGAACAGGAGUACAUCCGUUUAGCCUUGAACGACCUUGAUUUUGAACUCCGGAAGAGGUUUGAAGGAGUCACAUUCUGUGAUGUGUACGACCUGGCCGAGAAAGCUACCAGGUAUGAGUUGGUCCUUAAGAAGGAAAAGGAACGAAAAAAUUCCUCUAAAGAUACGUACUAUAGGAAUCCCAAUUAUGAAGUUUUUUUAAUCAAUUUGGUUGACGAAGAAGAUCUUGAUGCUAAUCUUGCUAAAAUUAUUAUUAAGAAGCCUUAUGUAUAUGAGGCUUUGACAAAACCAAAGGCAUCCACCAGUGCUGACAAACAAAUUAUUUUGCCAAAAGGACACAAUAUACCAUCAGACACUGAAUCCAAAGGAAAAGAGUUUUACAAAUUUCAUAAUUCAUGGAAUCAUACUACUAACAAUUGUUAUGUAUUUAGAAAUGUAUUGCAGAAAGCAAUCGAUGAAGGUGUAUUAAAAUUUCCUGAAAAGAAGCCAGACGUGAUGGGGGUCGAUGAUGAUCCAUUCCUUAAUAUUGUAAAUACUAAUGUGAUCAGCCUGUCACUUGAAAAAGCCGCUGAUAAUGGUAAACAAGAAAGAUCACUAAAAAUUCUUGAUAGUUCAUCAUCAGCCAGCAACGAUGAGUAA